AUGGCUUCUGUACCCAAACUCUUCUUUCUCUGUUUCUCAUGUUUGCUUAUUCUCCAUGGUAGUAUAGCUUCAAAUUCUUCUUUUUUGGGGCCUCAAUCAUAUGUUAUCUAUAUGGGUAGUUCUUCAAACAGUAAUGGAGAAAUAACAGAUUCAAAAGCAGCAGAAUCAGCUCACUUUCAAUUAUUAUCUACCAUUAUCCCCAGUAAAGAGAGAGAAAGAUUGUCUUUGAUUCAUAGCUACCAUCAUGCUUUCAAGGGGUUCUCUGCCAUGCUUACAGAGGAAGAAGCUUCUGCAUUAUCUGGUCAUGAUCAGAUCAUAUCGAUAUUCCGGGAUCCGAUUCUUCAACUCCACACAACACGAUCAUGGGAUUUCUUAGAUGCCGAGUCCGGCGUCCGAUCUAACAACUACCGUCAAUACCCUCAGGGAUCUGAAGACAUCAUAAUUGGAGUUAUAGAUACAGGGAUCUGGCCUGAAUCGCCGAGUUUUAAGGAUGAUGGAAUCGGAGAAAUCCCUUCGAGGUGGAGAGGAGUUUGCAUGGAAGGAUCUGACUUCAAGAAAUCUGAUUGUAACAGGAAGUUGAUAGGCGCUAGAUACUACAACAUUCAAGAUUUCACAGAUGGGCCUAAAUCCGGCCAUACCAAAACCCAUUCUGGAAAAUCCACUGGUUCUCCAAGGGAUACAGUGGGCCAUGGUACUCACACAGCAUCAACUGCAGCUGGUUCUAGGGUUGCCAAUGCCAGUUACUACGGAUUAGCACAAGGGACAGCUAGAGGAGGGUACCCUUCAAGUAGGAUUUCAAUGUAUAAGGCAUGUUCCCUCAAUGGCUGUUCUGGAGCUACAAUUUUAAAAGCUAUUGAUGAUUCUAUCAAAGAUGGAGUUGAUAUUAUCUCAAUCUCUAUUGGAAUGAGUUCAAUUUUCCAAUCAGAUAUCCUAAAUGACCCAAUAUCUAUUGGUGCAUUUCAUGCCAAUCAAAAGGGUGUUAUGGUAAUUUGCUCUGGAGGAAAUGAUGGACCUGAUCCAUAUACUGUUGUUAAUACUGCUCCUUGGAUCUUCACAAUUGCUGCUUCAAAUAUAGAUAGACAAUUCCAAUCUACUAUUCUCUUAGGGAAUGGAGAUUCUUUUCAAGGAUUUGGAAUAAACUUCUCUAAUCUCACAAGAUCAACGACAUACCCACUUGCAUUUGGAGGAGAUGUAGCUGCUCCUUCAACUCCAAUGUCUGAAGCAAGCAACUGCUACCCAGGGUCAUUGGAUUCCAAAAAAGUUGCAGGAAAAAUAAUAGUGUGCAUCGAUACCAAUCCAAUAUUGUCGAGAAAAUUAAAGAAAUUGGUGGUAGAAGCUGCACAAGGAAAAGGUUUGAUAUUGAUAGAUGAAGAAGAGAAAGGGGUGGCUUUUGAUUCAGGUGUUUUUCCAUUCUCUCAAGUUGGAGAUAUGGAUGGACAUCAGAUACUGAAAUACAUAAAUUACACCAAGAACCCAAUGACUACUAUUCUUCCUACAGUGGAUGUGAAGAAGAUUAGACCUGCACCUGUUGUUGCAUAUUUUUCAUCCAGGGGUCCUGGGGAACUCACCGAAAACAUUAUCAAGCCAGAUGUAACAGCGCCUGGAGUUGGGAUAUUAGCAGCAAUGAUCCCAAAUAGUGAUAUAGGGGCUGCCCCGGUCGGAAAGGAACCAUCUAAUUUUGCCCUAAAAUCAGGGACAUCCAUGGCAUGCCCUCAUGUUGCUGGUGCUGCUGCCUUUCUUAAAUCACUUCACCACACUUGGACUCCUUCCAUCAUCAAGUCUGCUUUAAUGACUACAGCAACUACUUCCAACAACAUGAGGAAGCCAAUGACAAACAGCACAAAUGGGUUUGCUAGUCCACAUGAGAUGGGGGCAGGAGAAAUAAGCCCAAUAAUGGCUCUUAGCCCAGGCCUAGUAUAUGAAACUACUCAAACUGAUUAUCUUAACUUUCUUUGCUAUAAUGGAUACAAAGAGAAAAUUAUAAGAUCAAUGUCUGGUACCAGCAAUUUCAGUUGCCCAAAUAACUCAAAUGAGGAUCUCAUCUCCAAUAUCAAUUAUCCAUCAAUCUCUCUCAGCAAGCUUGAAAGGCAUCUUGGUGUCCGAACUAUUGUUAGGACUGUAACCAAUGUGGGACCAAUAAUUAAUGCCUCAUACAUUGCUAAUGUUCAUUCUCCAUCUGGAUUGGUGGUCAAGGUAUCACCACAGAGGCUUGAUUUCACAAGGAGUUCAACAAAAGCUUCAUUCAAGGUCUCCUUUUAUGCCAAGGGUGAUGCCAUAAAAGGUUAUAGAUUUGGUUAUUUGACAUGGUCUAAUGGUGUUCACCUUGUUCGUACAAUUUUUGCAGUAAAUAUUGUAUAGGUUGAAUAUUUUC